UUGGAUUCCGACACAUGUUUAUCGACACGCUGAAUCUGCUAUAUACUUUAACGAUUUUCCGAGCAUAUGUGGAGCUUUGAGAUAUCUGUCUCGACGUUGAUUAAGCGUCGUCUCGGCACUGGAAUCCGUACUUAGCGAAGAGAUAUCUAUUAGUAAUUCAGAAAGAGCAUGGUGCAUCAACUCGAUUUUACUUGUUUUUCGAUUGCAACAAGGCAAUUAAUCGCUCUCACCCCAACUUGCACUCUCAUCGUUACUGCAAGGAAGAUUUUAUAGAAGACAAUGGGUUCCAAAGAAGGCUCUAUGCGGGGUAUCCGCAUUGCCAUUGACCGCGGCGGCACAUUCACAGAUUGCGUCGGGAACCCCGGUUCCGGGCGUAUGGAGGAUGAUGUGCUAAUAAAACUACUCUCCGAAGACCCGUCCAACUAUGACGAUGCGCCACUCGAGGGCAUUCGGCGCCUCCUCGAGCGCUUCACUGGUCAAUCAAUCCCGCGCGGCACACCUCUCGACACAACGAAAAUCGAAAGUAUCCGCAUGGGCACCACGGUCGCGACGAAUGCUUUGCUAGAACGCAAGGGCGAGGAUAUCGCACUCGUGGUGACCAAAGGUUUCAAGGACUGUCUGGCAAUUGGCAAUCAGAGUAGGCCCGAUAUCUUCGAUCUGGCGAUCCGCAAGCCGGAUGUACUGUAUCAGAGGGUUGUCGAGAUUGAUGAGAGGGUUACUUUGGAGGACUACGCGGAGGACCCGGAGAGGAAGAAGACGGAGGUGAAAGCCCUGGAGGAAGCAGGUGACGAUGAGGUGUUGGUGCGGGGGCUGAGUGGGGAGGCGGUGCGAAUCUUGAAGAGACCGGAGCGAGGAGAGAUCAAGAAACAGCUACAGGACGUAUAUGACGGGGGACUGAGAAGUAUUGCGGUGUGUUUGAUGCAUGGAUAUACGUUUCCGCAUCAUGAGGCAUUGAUUGGCGAGAUCGCCAGGGAUAUCGGGUUCGAGCAUAUCAGUCUGAGUCAUGAGCUCAUGCCGAUGAUUAAACUUGUGCCACGGGCAACGUCUGCGUGUGCGGACGCGUAUUUGACGCCGGCGAUCAAAAAAUAUAUCAACGGCUUCUCGAAGGGGUUUGAGGGAGGUCUAGGAUCGAAGAGUGUGAAGGAAGAAAAGGGGGAUAAGGGGACGAGGUGUGAAUUUAUGCAGUCUGACGGUGGACUGGUGGAUGUUGAUAUCUUCUCUGGAUUGAGAGCUAUCCUGAGUGGGCCUGCUGGGGGCGUUGUUGGGUAUGCUCUCACGUCAUAUGACCCGGAGACAAAGACGCCAGUCAUAGGGUUUGAUAUGGGUGGAACGAGUACCGAUGUGAGCAGAUAUGGCGCGGGAAAGUAUGACCAUGUCUUCGAGACGACGACAGCAGGUGUUACUAUACAAUCACCGCAAUUGGAUAUCAACACUGUCGCUGCUGGAGGAGGCUCACGUCUAUUCUGGAAAAAUGGCUUGUUCGUGGUCGGUCCCGAAUCAGCCAGUGCUCAUCCAGGUCCAGCCUGCUAUCGGAAAGGUGGUCCUCUCACAAUUACCGAUGCCAACUUAUUCCUGGGAAGACUUCUUCCGGAUUUUUUCCCCAAGAUUUUUGGAAAGAACGAGGACGAAGGGCUUGACCCAGAAGCCAGUGUGAAGCUCUUCGAAGAACUUGCCGAGCAAAUCAAUAAAGAAAAUGCUGGUGGUAACAAAGACAAGGAGAUGACUAUGGAUGAAAUCGCGUAUGGUUUCAUCAAGAUCGCAAACGAGACCAUGACUCGGCCUAUUAGAUCUCUGACAGAAGCUCGGGGGCAUGAUACAUCGAGACACAGACUUGCUACAUUCGGAGGUGCUGGAGGCCAACAUGCCGUGGCCAUUGCUGAGGCCUUAGGCAUAACCCAGAUCCUCAUCCACAAGUACUCGUCCGUGUUGUCCGCAUACGGCAUGGCGUUAGCUGACGUGGUGGAUGAACGACAAGAGCCAGAAUCGAAGAUCUGGUCUGACGAAGGGGAUACCCGUGAAUACUUGCAAAAGAAAAUGAAAGAUCUCAAAAAUAGAUCGACAGAAACACUGAAGGAUCAAGGCUUCACCGAGAAGCAGAUCGAGUUUGAGGAGUACCUGAACCUCCGUUACCGAGGCACCGAAUCUGCACUCAUGAUUAUUAAGCCCACCAAAGAAGAAGUCGAGGGGGAGUUCGACGGCGAUGACUGGGCCUUUGGUAAAGCGUUCGUUAAACAGCACGAACAGGAAUUCGGCUUCACACUUCCUGACCGCGAUAUCAUCAUUGACGACGUGCGCGUCCGUGGCAUCGGCAAGAAUUUCGCCGGCAUGGAAAAGACAGUUGACAAGCAACUCAGAGAGGUCACGCCUAAGGAUAUUGGAUCUGACAGGAAGAAGUACGGAUCUCGGAAAGUGUAUUUCGAGGGCGGAAGGCAGGAGACUCCGAUCUACAAACUUGAAGAUCUGGAAGUUGGUGAUAGGGUUCAAGGACCUGCAAUUCUGGCAGAUGGGACCCAGACGAUUGUCGUCACCCCAGGCUCGAGUGCGCUGAUGAUCGAAACGCACGUUGUUAUCAAUAUUGGUGAGAGUGAUCGGUCGGAAAGAAAAUUGGACACGAAGGAGGUGGAUCCGAUCAUGUUGAGUAUCUUUGCUCAUCGUUUCAUGGCUAUUGCGGAGCAGAUGGGGCGUGCGUUGCAGAAAACAAGUGUGAGUACGAAUGUCAAAGAGAGACUGGACUAUUCUUGUGCAUUGUUUGAUUCUGAUGGUGGGCUUGUGGCAAACGCACCACAUCUGCCUGUCCAUCUUGGUAGUAUGUCAACAUGCGUACGCAAACAAGCUGAGAUCUGGAAAGGGAAGUUGAAGAGAGGCGACGUACUCGUGUCAAAUCACCCCUUGUAUGGCGGUACGCAUCUGCCAGACAUCACUGUGAUUACUCCAGCUUUCAAUGGCGACAAUAUCGUUUUUUAUGUUGCGUCCCGCGCCCAUCACGCGGAUAUCGGUGGCAUCUUACCUGGAUCGAUGCCUCCACAUAGCCGGGAGCUCUUUCAAGAAGGUGCCGCCAUCAAGUCCGAAAAGUUAGUAUCCGAAGGCCAUUUUAACGAAGAACGGAUUAUCGAACUAUUGCACAAGGAGCCAGCUCAAUAUCCCGGAUGCAGUGGUACGAGAUGUCUACCGGAUAACUUGAAUGAUUUGAAGGCACAAAUCGCAGCCAACAAGAAAGGAAUUAUCCUCAUUGAAAGUCUCAUUGGUGACUACGGCGAAGAUGUAGUCCAAUUCUACAUGCGUAGUAUCCAGCACAAUGCCGAACUCACUGUGCGAAGCUUGCUUAAGGAUGUCAGCAAGCGCUUUCAAGGCCGAGAUCUAUCUGCCGUCGACUACAUGGACGAUGGAAGCCCCAUCAAACUCAAUAUCAAAAUCGAUGCCCAGAAAGGCGAGGCGGUCUUCGACUUCGCCGGAACAGGCCCUGAAGUCUACGGUAACACCAACGCCCCCAGCGCCAUCACCUACUCCGCCAUAAUCUACUGUCUCCGCACACUUAUCUCCGAUUCUAUCCCCCUAAACCAAGGCUGCCUCGCCCCAAUCACAAUACACAUUCCACCCUCUUCAUUCCUCGCACCUUCCGGCUCCGCCGCUGUCGUCGGCGGCAAUGUGCUCACAUCCCAACGCGUCACUGACGUCGUGCUGCGCGCUUUCAACGCUGCUGCCGCGUCGCAAGGAGAUUGCAACAAUCUGACCUUUGGCUUUGGCGGGAACCCCUCUGAUGGUAGCGCGGAGGUCAAAGGCUUCGGAUAUUACGAGACGAUCGCAGGCGGAUCAGGCGCAGGCGAGACGUGGGACGGCACGAGUGGGGUGCACACGCAUAUGACGAACACACGAAUAACUGAUAGCGAGGUGUUCGAGCGGCGAUAUCCAGUCAUCUUGCGAGAAUUCAGCUUGAGAGACGGCAGUGGGGGCGAGGGCUUGCACAAGGGUGGAGAUGGGGUUGUGCGAGACAUUGAGUUCAGAAUCCCGGUCCAGGUCAGCAUACUGAGCGAAAGGAGGGUGUAUAGGCCGUAUGGGUUGGAGGGAGGAGAGGAUGCGCAGUGUGGGAUGAAUGUUUGGGUGCGGAGGGUGAAUAGAGAUGGCGAUGCGGAGGCAGAUCACAAGGAGGAUAUUCGCACGGACGGGGAGACGACGGACCGAGAGAGUGUGGAAUUCAGGUAUAUCAACAUGGGCGGGAAGAACACGGCGAGCAUGAAGCCUGGCGAGAGGAUUAUUGUAAUGACGCCUGGCGGUGGUGGGUGGGGGAAGAAAGGGGGCGAGCGCAAGGCUGUGAGGAAAGAUGAUCCUAAGCACUCGUGGAAAGGCGGAAGUAUUGCUGAGAGACAGGCCGCUGGUGAAGCGUCGGCUUGAGCUGUACCAAGAGACGAGGAAGAAUUUGGCAGCAAGUAUGGAUCUGAUUCAUUACUUGCAGAAAGAAGGAGUGGUGUUGAUAGAACUAUUCUGUCCUUUUAUUUUGAAGUAUG